AUGAAAGAAAAGUUGAGUUGUCCAGCAAAAGGAAAGAAAUGUGAAAAAUGUGGGAGGUAUGGUCAUUUUGCUUUGUGUUGUAAGGCACAGAGUGGUAAUUAUGCAACUGGAGGUAAACCGGAUCAGCGAAGGAGGGAUUCUGAUAGACGCCAGUCUUACAAUGUUAACUUCGUGGGCGAUCAGAACGCAUCUGACAGCGAGGAAAACUGUGCUUUUGCAUUUGCAGCUACAGAGAAUCAAGGAGAAACAUGCAAUGCAACCAGUCUCAAAGAACCAGUGCUGGAAGUGAAUAUUAAUGGCAUUACAACAAGAGUACUCAUUGAUUCAGGGUCAGUAAGUAACCUCAUAGGAAUGGAAGAAUAUGAAGAGCUUAAGGCCCAAGGCCUUAACGCGAAGAUGGAGGAUUGCCACAAACGGUUGUAUGCGUAUGGCGGGAGAAAGUUGGAAGUGAUUGGCCACGUUAAAGUUGAGAUCUCGGCAGCUCUGGGUCUGCUUCGUACUAGUUCGAGCGUCAGCAGUAAGUUUCUGGAGUGCAAUGUCGUUGGCGAGAACUUAGCCCCAGUUCUUCAGGCUAAGUAUCCAACAGUGUUUGUUGGCGUCGGCGGGCUGAAAGACUACAAACUGAAAGUACACGUCGACUCAAAGGUGACACCAGCAGCUCAGAAACCAAGGCGUGUCCCAUUUGCACGGCGAGAGAAAGUAACUGCGAAAGUUGAAGACCUCAUUGCCAAGGAUAUAGUGGAGCGAGUGAAUAGGCUGACGUCAUGGGUUAGUCCUGUGGUGAUUGCGCCAAAGGAAUCAGGGGAUAUCCGGUUGUGCGUAGAUAUGAGGAAGGCAAAUGCAGCUAUCAUUCGUGAAAGGAUACCCAUCCCGACGGUGGACGAGGUGUUGGAAAAUCUCAAUGGCACUGCAGUCUUUUCAAAACUGGAUCUUUGUCUGGGAUUCCACCAGACUGAACUAGAUGAGGACUCCAGAGAUAUAACCACAUUUGCCAUACAUGAUGGGUUAUUCAGAUAA